UUUAAAUUACAUUUUAUAUUAAUUAAUUUAUAAAUAAUGUGGUAUUUAUUAGCAGCAUUUCUGGCUAUUAUAGCCUACAUUCAUUUCAAAUGGUAUCGUAUACUGAAUUACUGGUCGGACCGUAAUAUCUCGGGUCCCAAACCCAUACCAUAUGUGGGCAACAGAUUAAGUCAUAUCCUAAGGCCGAGACCUGUGGUUGAAAUGGAGUGGUAUAAGACUUACGGCCGACUCUUUGGUUUAUAUGCAAUGCUGGGAAAGCCGGCCCUAUCGGUGGCGGACCCGGUGCUCAUCAAACAGAUUCUGGUGAAAGAUUUUUACAAAUUCCGUAACCGAAAGCCGGCGUUGAGUACGAGUCCUAUAUUUUCAAAGAUUAUGUUCAGCGCCAGAGAUGACGACUGGAAGCGGAUCCGAGCCAUAGCCAGCCCUACAUUCACUUCAGCCAAACUUAAGCGCAUGUAUCCACUCAUCAACGAGUGUUGCCGUGACUUCAUGGCCGCACUUCACACAGACGUGUCC